CCAGCGGGCCUGGAGCGAGGUGCCCGGGCGCUGUCCAGCCUAGGACCCACCCCCCGGUCGGCAGGGCUGGAGGCUGCAAGGGGGAGAGGGCAGUGCGGGAACAGCCUGGUCAGACCCAGCCCCGCUCCCUUCCAGGCUCCGCGCCCUGCCGGCCCGUGACACCGGCCCGCUUCUUGCGUCCAAGGCAUCGCGGGCCGUCGCCCAGCAAGAACUAGAAGCCUCGCUUAGGACCGGAGGCCGCUCAGAAAGGGGAAGAGAAGAUUGACUGGCGAAAACGGAGACAAGAAAAAAAGUCUGAAAAGAAAAAAUGGAAGGAAAUCAAGUUGUUGAACAGACUGGAAAAGCAAAGAAUGCAGGAGCUAAUGGUGAAACAAAAAGAGGAGGAAAAGCCUAAAGAAGACAAAGGACGUCACUACACUGUUAGUGUAGCUUUGCCAGGCUCUAUACUGAACAAUGCACAGUCCCCGGCAUUACGGACAUACCUGGCUGGGCAAAUUGCCCGGGCCUGUGCCAUCUUCCGCGUGGAUGAGAUUGUGGUGUUUGAUGAGGAAGAAGAAGGCUCAAGGAGUGUGGAGGGGGAGUUUCAUGGAAUUGGGAAGAAAGGACAGGCUUGCGUGCAGCUGGCUCGGAUUCUGCAGUACUUGGAAUGUCCUCAAUACCUGAGAAAAUCUUUUUUUCCAAAACAUCAGGAUCUGCAGUUUGCAGGGCUCCUGAACCCCUUGGACAGCCCCCAUCACCUGCGGUUAGAUGAAGAAUCAGAAUACCGGGAAGGGGUGGUGGUAGACCAGCCCACCAAGCCAGGCAAAGGCUCCUUUGUGGACUGUGGAAUGCGGAAGCGGGUGCAGAUAGACAAACAGCUUGAACCAGGCCUUCGAGUCACUGUUCAACUAGAUCAGCACCACAAUCCAGAUUGCAAGACAAGGAAAGGCACAGUUGUGUCCUCGCACCAUCCAAGGACUGUGUCUGGCCUAUACUGGGGUUACAGUGUCCGGUUAGCCUCCUGCCUAAGUGCUGUCUUUGCUGAAUGUCCUUUCAAAGAAGGCUAUGACCUCUCUGUUGGAACUUCAGAGAAAGGGACCUGUGUGGACCAAGCAGUUCUCCCCUCCUUCAGACAUGCCCUGAUAGUAUUUGGAGGUCUACAAGGCUUGGAAGUGGGUGUGGAUGCCGACCCAAACCUGGAGGUCAAUGACCCAAGUGUCCUGUUUGACUUUUACUUGAACACCUGUCCUAGCCAGGGCAGCCGUACCAUCAGGACUGAGGAAGCCAUACUGAUCUCUCUAUCUACACUGAGACCCCGGAUCAACGAGGCUGUGAAGAAGCCACUGGAUCCUGAAGGAAAGCAAGCUGGUGAUUUAUGAAAUGAGAACCUGCCUCCUCAUACUGCUCCUGUCUUGGAGAUGGACUGCUGCUCAUUUAAUUUAUUCUAAGGAGUAGAAGCUGGGAGCUAUAGGUAGUUUCCAGAUUGUCAGAGACUAACAAAAGUACAACAUAAAUAAAAGCUACAUCUUUAUUGAGUGACUGUCUCACACCAGAAGCAAGAAAUAUAACUUUAAAGUUGCUGGAGCCAUCAAAAGCCUGAGCUCUUGAGCCUAGGCCAUGCUGAUAAGUGGAGCUGGCUGGCACUUGAACAGGGGAACUCCACUGGUGAAUCACUAAGCAGCAAAAAUGUUUUGGGACAUGGAAAAAUAAAACUCUAUGAAACUCUG